CACACUCAUACGAUAAGAGUGCCUGUUAAGAUCUAGGAUUCUACUUGUCUUAGCUACUGCCGUUCUCACUAUCCGCACCGGUGUCGGUGGGUUGGUCUAGACCGCCGGGAUGGCCCGCCACGGAAGAUUGUCGAAAGGCUGUCAGGUCUGUAGAAAACGAAAGAUCAAGUGUGACCAGGCCCGACCGCAUUGCAGUCAAUGCCUCAAGGCUGGCUGGAAGUGUCCACAGUACAAUGAUUCUAUAGACCGGAUGUUCUUGCAUCACACGCCCAUAGAUCUUAACAGAUACUCCUCACAAACAUAUACAGGAUCCAUGAAAGAGAUAGAGCUUUCUAGAAAUACAGAUAACGUCCGAUACACGCCAGCUUCCACGCUUCCACCGACUAUUAUACAACGAAUAGAAUGCCGCGCGAUCGACUUCUUCAUGUCAACUCACGCCUUCCAGGAGCAAGGUCUCAUCAGGGGCCACUAUGAGUACUUGUCUGCAUUCAAGAGCGAUGUCAUGACCGAUAAGAGGGUCCUCGCGAGCUUAAACGCAGUUGCGUUGGCCGCAUACGCUUACAAAUUCCAGCACCUGGGUCUACUCCAAAAGGCUAGACGGUAUUACGUUUCGUCUCUUCGCUAUAUUAACUCCGCGUUAUCAUGCCGCCGGGAAGCGGCUGAAGAUGGAAGCCUUAUCUCUAUAUUGUUUCUUAAUACGUUUGAGGCUCUCACUUGCGAAACCCAAGAUUCGCUAUAUCACAGGGAAGCUCAUUUGAGAGGCAUAACGACCAUUGUAGAGCUUCGAGGAGUCAGUUUGUUCCAGUCUCGUCGCGGACUUCAACUAUUUCGACAGGUGUUUCUAUGUCUCUCUGUGAGUUGCCUAAUGCAUUCGGUUCGGAUGCCUGCAGGAUUGAUCAAACUACACCGUUACGCCACUGUCUAUAUGGAUGCAGACGAUCCGGCGUGGGAACUGUCCGAUAUCAUGCUUACAUUGGCGUCUUUUCGCGCGGAUAUCAAGGACCACGCCCUUUGUGAUCCGUCCAGCAUAAUCGAAUCUGCCAACAAAAUAGACCGCGACCUUUGUUCGCUCGCGGAGCAUAUGCCUUCCCAAUGUCACUUCCAAACAAUGGACACAGAGGGAAUAUCCGACCUUGUCCUGGAGACUCAGUAUCACAUCUACCCUGAUGUAUGGGUGGCAGCUAUAUGGAACAAUAUCCGAACAUGUCGCUUACUCUUACAUCAAGAGAUCAAGGCCCAACUAGAAGUCGUGCUUGAUACAUCCCCACAUACCUUCUCUCUAUCCGACGCCUUCCAACACCAGCAUUCAACCACAACCAUACAACAGCUCAUCUUGGACAUUUGCGCUUCCGUACCCCAAUACUGCGGGCAUUUACCGCUCCUCGCAGGCAGUUCAUCACCAACACAGCAUGCCACAUUAUCCGAAGACACCAUCAACCACAACUCCCCCGGCGGUAUACCCACCACGGCAGGCAUCUAUCUCCUCUUCUGGCCACUCCUCAAUGCCGGCCAAUUGACCGAUUCGGAUACGCAGCGGAACUGGAUCGUAAGCCGCAGUCGGUAUAUCGGCAAGAUGACGGGAAUCCAGCAGGCAUUUGUUCUUGGAGAUAUAGUGGAGACUGGCAUGGACCCUUUUCACUAAUCGGUUCAUAGCAUAGCUCAAGAAGUCCCUCCAGUAACAUCAGACGAACUGGUGAUUGGGAAGUGCCCAUUCCCCAUGAUCGGAAACAUUGUAGGAUCCGACAUCCCACUUAACCCGAUAGUGAACUCAGUAGUCAGAUGCCAUAGAUGAUGACCUCACCGGCAUCAUUCAGAGAUCCGAAAUUUCCCCAAUGUUUCCUCGGACUUGACUCAGUUCGGCCAAUUUCCCUUUCGGGACUAGUGCAGAUCUCUCAACCUAGUUCUAUAAUUGGCUACACGUCAGAUUACAGUGAAUAGUGGGUCUUAGAUAGGGGACUUUUUUCUCCCGCACACCGGCUAAUGCACCCUGCAUCUCUAGCAUCCAUGCACGUCUAUGAGUCUCUAAUGCAGGCGUUUCUUAAUUUGCAUUAUGCAUUAAUCCUUG